AUCAGAACUGAACCACUGGAAAAAACCUACCCUGCGCUUUGGUAGAGACACCUCGGAGAUUACAACAAACCCUGCCCUGCUUCCCUCAAUUGCCAAUCAUUUCGUACUCAAAGCCGUCUCCUCCAGUUAAGCCUGUACGGCGAAAGCUGUCUCUUCCACAACAACAGCAGGACUAUGCCCCUCUCAAUGGGCCGCCUUCUCCUACCGACCAAGAUCGUCCGCCAAGCUCGGCAUUCCUCAACCGUUUGGCUGGGACCAUGCGAGAUAAGAAAAGCCAACUGGAAGUUCGAAAAGGUGAAUUCAUGUCAGAAACACUUCCAGAGUGGAAAGUUCGAAGUGCAGAGUUUAGUAGUAUGGCCAAGGAAACUGGUAUGGAAUGGAGCAAACGAGGCCGUGAUGCUGUUGACCGUUGGAAGAAGGAAAGAAUGAGCGAUUCUAGUGUGGCUUCAUCACCAUCUUACCUGUCUUCAUUUCCUUCGUUCAACUCCAGCGAACCGACGUCACCUCGAGGUUCGGAAGAGGAACUGCAUAUAUUUGGCACCCCUUUAGAAGCUGCGGUAGCUAUGACCCGGUUGUCAGAGUCUGAUCAUGUACCGGGAAUAGUGCGAAGAUGUAUUGAUUAUCUUGACGAAUGUGGCAUUGAUGAAGUAGGCAUCUAUAGAAUCUCGGGAGGUACAACCACUGUAAAUAAGCUUCGAGCGGUAUUUGAUAGUGCAUCGGAUAUCGACUUUCGAGGGACACAAGAAGAUCCUCACGCAGUUAGUGCCUUACUCAAGACGUAUCUGCGACAAUUACCUGAACCUAUAAUACCAGUAUGGUUGAACCGCGAAUUCAAUCAAGUCAUCAGCCAAGCAACUCAAGAGGAUGCUCAAAAUACUCAAGGCGAACUGCCAGUUGUAUCCCCAAGUUGUAUUAAAGCCAUCGCCACUACAUCACAAAAACUACCACCAGCCAAUUUUAGUGUUCUGAAAACGCUGUGUUGGCACUUGAAUCGAAUCGCAAGCAAUGAUCAGGUGAACAAAAUGAAUACAUCCAACUUGGGACUCAUCUUCAUCCCGACCCUUGCUAUAGGCAGAGUUCUAUUUCACUGUUUUGUUGAGCAUGCAGAUCAAAUAUGGGGUGCAUCUACCCCACCGGCAGCAGUUCCGUCCAAGCGAUCUCCACCUGCUUUACCCAGACGUCCUGUCAAAGAUACCAUGACGACACCACGCUCAAUGAUCAACCCUUAUGACACUUCCAAAGAUGAUAUCCCACGAGAUGGACGAAUGUUCAGGACCAACAAUGCUUCUAGCCCAUCCCUCCAGUUGAACGACGUUACUAUCAACAUAGCACCUAAGAAAAAUGACAAGGAGAUCGCGCAACUGCGAGAGAUGUUUGAAAAAGAUUUUGGACCAACGAUAUAUGGACCCAGUCGUACCAAGUCACCACCUGAGAAGCCUUUACGCUCACCCCGACCAGAGAGUCCAAUUGGUGUGGAUUCCACCAUACGGGGAAAUUAUGAUCGGACUGUUUUGGGUAGUAUAGGCCGAACCGCCAGUCCCUCCUCCGUGGAAGACAGACAACGAUCCAAUUCCAACGGCAAAUCCGCCUUGGAGUACUUUCGAUCUACUCCUCCCAAUAUACCUCCAAAACCCACCGUCGCUUCAGCUCAUUUACGACAGAAAUCCGCUCAUCAACCGUCGGUGACUACAUUUUCAGAAUCCACCACCAAACCUCGGUCCAAGUCCGUCUCCGCCACCGAAACUGAAGUCCCUGGUUCACGCAAAGGAGCUCGAGUCAUGGCUAUUGGAAGUUAUUUUGAGAGAAGGCAGUGAUGACAAUGUACUUAGUUUUUUUUUUUGGAUGUUUUAACCUUUAUACUUUUUCCUAAAGAAAAUAAGUGUGCUGUUAUCAAUCUAUCGCAACCAAGU